AUGUGGUCGGACAAGCAAACCUCCGGCUUCACGCCCGUGAAGGGCUACAGCCAAACACAUCUCGUGGACCGAAAGCUCCUCUACGGUCCCGACUCGACCCCCUGCUCCGCCUUCGUACUCGGCCAGAUCAUCUGGUUCGACUACGCCCUCCGCUAUCUUUCGCAGAUAGAGGCCGCGCUCGUCAAGAAGCGCAAGAAGUGUCUCCAGCGACGAGACCUGGACCCUGCUCUGCUCAAGAGCUGCGACGACCUCCUCGCGGAGACCAGAGAGGAAUUUGCGGACCUCGAGCAAGGCAUGCUCGUCACGGAGAACAUGCUGCCCGAGGGGAAUGUGAAAGGGGCGUAUGAGACGCUGCGCGAGGACCCGUCUUGGUGGCUUCGCAAGGAGCUUGUGCGCGAGUGUAUUGCGCGCGGUGGAUGCUGUGCUCGUCGGUGCGGGUGUUGUGAGAAUCGGUCUCUGGAUCGGUCAAAGGGCCACGGGCUGGGCCACUGCACCAGUGCUUGUCACUGCUGUGCGAAGACCGGCGAGUGGUGGGUGACGACCGAGAGGAGAGCCGAGAUGAUUGAUAUUCUGGGGGAUAGUCUGCAUAGCAGAGACCCAGAGUAUCUUGUCAAGAUGGCAGAUGCCUUCUUUGAGCCGCAGAAAAAGUCGGCUCUCGCGAAGCUGUCUGAGCGUCUUGUUCGGAAAGUCAAGACGGGCAUUGCGGAGUGGAGGGAGAAGCGGCUCGAGAGGAUGCACCUGAAGCAGAUUGAGAAGCUGCAUCGGGUCGAGAUUGAAAGAGUGCGCUUGUUGGAAGUCAAGGAGUUGCUCGCGUAUAACGCUUGCUACUUUGACGAGAAGGAUUGGGAGUGUUGGUAA